AUGUCAUGGCAUAAUUCCAAUAACCCUUCACGGCCAACGCCACGCCCUCGCCUCACAACGUCACGGCCCAGCGACGAGGCGCAAUCCCGCGCCGACCUGGCCGCCAACGCCGCCCCCUUGCCCAGAGGUGCGCAGCAACGUCCGGAACGGUUGGAACGGUUGGAAUGGGAUGGUUUGCAACACCUGGAGCACCUCGCCAACAGAGAACGCCGGAUAGACAACGCCACCCGGGAGAGACUGAGCUCCCUCCUCCGCGAAAGUUGGACGACCCCGCUUGGUCACGGUGUUUUUGGGCACCGGCACCAGGAUCGCCCCAGCUUACCGCCCUCACGCUUCGAUGCCGCACCCCAAACGCUGCCUGCACCCUCCUCCGGCGCUGACUUUGCCUCGCGGUUUCCAAAUACUCAUCGUAUGGCCAGCCUAGAACAGCUGGACCGCACAUUGGAUGAGGCCAACGCACACCUGCGCGCCCUGCUGGACAUGACCUCGGCCAACAGUGUCUCGCGCCAGCUUCUGCCCACAAACCCUUCGCCUAGCUAUGCGCCAUCCACACGUGCGCAUGACUUUACCUAUGAUAACCAGCGCAAUAAGCGCAGAAAGGUCGAUGAGGACAAGUACGCUACCGUCGUACCGGGCUUCCGAUACGGCCACUACGGCCAAGUGGAAGCUGGCAAUUUGGAAAUGGAACUGGUCAGCUGUGAUGGCGGUAUGUUCUCCAAUGGCUCGUCCUACGCCGCGGAAAACAUCCUCAAGGAUGACCAGUCCGUCUACUGUACCAAGGGAAACCGGUGCAACAUUGUCCUGCGUCAUCGAGGUUCCACGACGUUUACGCUCUCGGAACUGAUCAUCAAAGCCCCCGGUUCCAUGAACUACUCUAAUCCUGUCCGCGAAGGCAUGGUAUUUAUUUCCAUGGAGCAUGACGACGUUCUGCAUCGCACUACCCAGUACCAAAUUCAGUACACGCCAAGUACUGCCAGGGCUGCUACCGGUCCCGCUGCGCGCGACCGUGUGACAUUCACCAGCACGGAUUCCCGCACACGACUCAACCACGAGGCGCAGCAAUACGGGUACUACCCGGGAAGCAUCCUGGUUGGCCCUACCUCCUUUCUCUACACUGGUGAAGACGGCAUCCGCGCGCCACAGAUGCCACGGGAAUUCAGCACCAGCCAGCCGGACUUUCGCAUCAGCACUGAGUUUAGUGAUGAGGACGAGGAAGCCAUCAGCGGCUCCGCAGCUCCGGUAUCUAUCCUCCGCCGUCCGCCGCCCAACCGCAUCGGCACGCUGCCCUUUGAGAAUGAUGAGGAAUCCGAUUCGGACCUUGAUUGGGACAAUUCCGACAGCCUGUUUCUUCACGAGAGCAGUGCCAGACGCCCGCGCCACCCAGCCAGCACCAGCGCCACCAACCUACUUGACGUCAACUUGGAUGAGUUCCCGGGCUUGGCGGGCGGCGGCGGCGGCGGCGGCUCCAGCUUCAACCUUAGCAGUAAUGCCGGCGUAUCGCACGGCAGCGCCGCGCUCACCGAGACCUGGGCUGCGCACACCGGCGCCACGCAGGACGCCGGCCGCGCUGUUGGCGGCGGCUCCCUACUUGCCCCACACGCUCGCUUCCACAUUGAGAAGAAGAAGAGCAAGUGUACCAUGCGUUUUGACCCCCCCGUGUCUGGCCGCUUCAUCCUGCUCAAAAUGUGGAGCUCCAACCACGACCCGGACAGCAACAUUGACAUACAGGCCGUCCUUGCGCGGGGCUUUGCAGGGCCUCGCUACUUUCCCGCCUUGGAGAUGCGCUGA